AUGGAGCAUCCAACAUUUAGGAGGGCCCCUAAUGGGACCCUUCUGCUAAAUGCCUCUGCUGAGGCUCAGGCUCUGGGACCCCAGAAGGCCUUCUACAGGGCCAGACCAGCAGAGGAGGUGGAGGAGGAGGCCCAGGCCCACGUCGUCUCCAUGGGUGGAGACGUCACCAACGCCACCCUGGUGCUGAGCCGGUGGAGGGUCCAGUUCGGCCGGUACCAGGGCCAGACCUUCCACUGGCUGCUGGAGAACGACGUGGGCUAUGCUGUGAACCUGGUUUCAUCCCACCAGAAGGAGCGAGAGAGGACAGGGUCUCAGUCCCCGCUGAUGGCCAACAAGGACGCCUUCACCCGGUACUCCUCAGGAUACCCGGACAUUGUGGAAGCCGUCGGGUUCCACAAAGCCUUUGAGGAGGCCCGGGUCAAGUCCCUCCAGCCUGGACAGGAGGGACAGGCCCUUGAUGACUUUGGGGACUUCAAGUUGGAGACCCUGCAGAGCCUGUACGAGUCUGAGGACCCCAAGAAGAUCCGAUUCGUUAACUACCUGCGACAGAAGACACCAGCUCCAGGCACGCAGACGGAGAACGCCGUCCGCUACGUUAGAAGCCGAGACAGGCAGAGGAGGAACCCUGCUGCUGCUGCCAGGACCUCCACCUCCUCCUCCACGUCCUCCACUGUGAGCAGCAGCUCUGCUUCUGUCUCGGCUUCAACGCAGGGUCCCAGAGUUGCAUCCCAAUCUGCAGCUUUUGUCUCUGGCCGGCGUUCUCUGUCUGCGGUGGAAAUGCAGGCAAAGAUUAAGAAGCUAGUGGUUUCUCAGCCUGCAUUUCCAGCCUCCUGCAGACCAGAUCUUCCCUCAAAACAAUCUGAGGAGUCCACAGAAGAAGAGCUGGUCCAAGCGAAGAACUGGAAACUGAACACCUCAGAAGUACAGGCCCCUCUGUCGCUCCUCCCUCCACCUCCUCCAUCCACCUCCUCCCUGCCACAGAGGGCUGAUGGGGGCUCUGCAGGGCCAGAGGACCCCACAAAUGAGGAGCUCAUGGAGACCUCACAGGAGCCUCAUGGUUCUCUGACCCUGCCCACCCCGCCACCACUGGUCCAGGCUCCACCACUGGUCCAGGCUCCACCACCGGUCCAGGCUCCACCACCGGUCCAGACUCCACCACCGGUCCAGGCUCCACCACCGGUCCAGGCUCCACCACCGGUCCAGGCUCCACCACCGGUCCAGGCUCCACCACCGGUCCAGGCUCCACCACCACCACCUGCAGCCAUGGAGCAGGCGGCUCAUCUUCCUCCACCUGCUGGCGGUGCUGAGCUGCUCCCCCAGUCCUGGAGAGCAGCUCUCACUGCAGAGCAGCAGCAGUGGAUCGGCCGGGUGCUGUUUUCCAGGGACAGCAGGGGGAGGCCACGUCUAAUUGAGGACCUGAACCUCUGGUGGUUCCCUCCCCAGACCCUGCCGGUCUACAGUCAGCCUCCCGCGUCCCCCGACCCCUUCUUCGCAUGUCGGCUGUUCCUGUGGAUGCCACACAGGAUCUGGCGCCUACAGCUGACAUGCCCCCAGCCUUCAUGCUCCGGGUCCAUGGUGAAGGCUGGGCUGUACAGGACCAUCCGGAGGGUCCUGGACAUCGACGGCUGGUAUCUCAUGGCCACUGAGUACCUGGAGUGCCGUCGGUGUAAGAAGAAGGUCGGGGGCUGGUCACAGGGCAUCAUCAGGCAGCUGUCCCCCACCUACAGCUGCCAGUUCCCAGCUGUACUCACGUACAGGUUGUCCUGUGACCUGAGGGUGGUGUCACAGCUGAAGUCCCGCACGCUUGGUAACAGUGCCACUCAGCUGUACAACACCCUGCGGGAGACCCACGCUGACUCCUGGAUGCGGAGAGCCAUCCACUACCUCGGCGUGUGUGAGCAGUUCCUGGCCUUGGGCUCUGUCCGGGGGCAUUUUCCACCACUGCCCCAGAUGCCCCCUCUGCCGUCACCCGAAUGGCUGCUGACCGUCUACGGGUACGACGUCCUGACGCGGCUGGAGGAGUACAAGGCCAGGAUCACGUCCACCUUUGGAUCCAUCCUUAAGAUGGCUUCCACAAAGAAGGUGACCAAGAAGCUCACAGGUAUCUCCUCGGACACGGCCACCUGGGUUACCAACGUCGGCAAUGAGCAUGGACAGAUCCUCAUCAGUGUCCUCACCUGCUCAGAGGGCUCUGAGGGGCUGUCCUGCAUGGCGGCCGGAUUGAUGAGGAGAUACCAGCACGCCGGGGUACCUCCCCCCCAGCUCAUCUACGUAGACCGGGACUGCUGCAACAGAGACGGCGUGUCCAAGACGGCUGCCUUAUUCCCGGAGUGGGGACAGCUGCUGGUGAGGCUGGACAUCUGGCACCUGAUGCGGCGCUUUGCAUCAGGUGUCACCACGGAGUCUCACCAGCUCUACCCCACUUUCAUGAGGCAGCUGUCUCACUGCAUCUUCGAGGUGGACCCCGAAGAUGCCCGCCGUCUCACUGAGGCCAAGCGGUCCGAGCUGGAGGGGAAGCACGGGAUGGUCGGCCUGACCGACGCCGAGGUGAUCCGGAGGAUCUCCAAGGAGGAGUGGAGGCUCCACUGUCGUCGCCGGACACGUGGGGCCGAGGAGACCGCACUCCUCAUACAGGACCUCCUGGACACCUUUGGUGGUCCGGCAGGAUGCGACACCUUGGACAUCCCGCUGCUAGACGCUCUCCGCAUCCAGGACAUCUGGAAGACGCAGAGACGCCACCUCAGCUGCAUUCAGGACCCGCCCGGGGUGCAGCUGUACACCCAGACCGGCAGGCUGACAAAGGGCGAAGUCAGCCUGCCGCUUUAUCGCUGCGCCAGGGGCUCCACGUCCCUGGAGUCCUUCCACCUCCACCUCCACCGGUUCAUCCCAGGUACAAGUGUGAGCGCCAAAUACUUCCAGGCGUUCCUGGUUGAUGGACUGGUGAGGUGGAAUGAGGACAGAGCAGCAGCGGCUGCACCACCGGUUGCAGCUGAGGAGCGAGUGGCGUCUCUGCGCUCCUACAGUGGCCACCUCAAGCACGUCCUGAACCAGAAGAGCCAACGGGUGUUUGGCCUUCAGAUGGUUCAGGACUUCACCAGGCCUGCUGCGUACACAGGUGAGCUCAUCGGGGUGGAGUACCUGUACCAGCAGACCGUGCUUGAGGAUGUCAGCCUGGACCCUGACGCUCCGGACGAGGCUGCUGCUAUCCAGGCGCUGGAGGAGGCGGACGAGGGCUUUGUGGACGACGGCAAGGACCCCACAGUCUUCCAGCUGGAGCCCCCGUCCGCCAGCACAGCGGCAGCAGCCCGGUCAGGUGAUCCAGCUGACACACCCAGGUCUGAGCCAUCCAGUCCGGCCGCCCCUGACCAGGAACCCCCUCCUGAGGCCCCUGAAGGACCGACUCAGAACUCCUCCGACUCUGAGGAGGACAUCCAGGGUCUUGAUGGCCAGCCAGGAUACCAGCAUGUCCUGAAGCUGGCCAAGGCCCUGGUGGAGAUCCGGAACCUUCAGGGGCUCUCUGAUCGCAGGGUAGACAGGCUGAUUGCACUCUGGCAACGCCUGCCAGAGGCUGACAAGAGGCGAGUCGUCUACCCUGCCAGACACCGGGAGAGGCAGCCCACGGGGCGGUUCAAGGCAGCGAAGGGGAAGAACACCUCCUGUCCUGGAAAGGAGAGUCUCCAACGCUGCCUCAGACUGAACAAGGGUCGUGCAAACUGGCCCAGCGCCAGUCGCCUGGUUGAGGCCGUUUGCAGCCAGCUCUGCCGUCUCCACCCCGCCACGGCCCGUGUCGGUGGGGUCCCGAAGACCCGGUGGUCCCUAGUCCUCAGCGAUUACGUGGCCAUCAGAGAGGCAGUGCUGGUGAACCCACGUUUGAUGGCUCAGACCACCAUCCAGCUCUUUGAGCUAAAUCAAAGAACCCUGUCCCAGUGGUUCUGUCAUCAUCAGAAGGCCUGGGAGAGGACUGUGCUGGAGCAGAGAACUGGCAUCUUUCCUGCUCCAGCAGCAGCAGUCCGGCCUCUCCCUGCUGCCAAACAGCUGUCCCUGGUGCAAGUGGAACUGGGACAGCCCUUUAUUUUCCCUGGACCUUCAGCUGGAGGUCAGCCAGCCCCUCCUCAUCCUCAUCCUGCAGCCUUUGGCUCUGCUGCUGCUGCCUCCGUCGUUGUUGUUGCUGCUCCUCCUCCUCCUCAUCCUCCUCCUCCUCCUCCUCCUCCUCCUCCAGCCUUCGGCUCUGCUCCUGCAGCCCCUCCUCUUCCUGGACAGACAAAGCUGCCAAGAACAACAGCAUGGAGGAAGAGGAAGGCAGCUGAGGCGGCUGCUGCUGCUGCAGGAGAAGGCCCACCACCAGGGACUAAAGUCCGCCGGCAGACUGCACAGUACACCUGCAGUAAGUGUGGCCAGCUAAAACGGCUGGACACUGGACACACACGCAUUGCAGGUGUGUCAUACUGUGCAGCUGUCGGCGGAAUGACUGUGGAGGAGUGGAGGGAGAACAUGAGAAGGCCCCCAGAGGAGAAAAGGGAGUGAUUAUUUGUUUUUAUUAUUAUUGGUUUUUAUAUUGUUUUAUGCUGUCGGUUCAGAUUUGUUCUGGAAUUUCCCCCUCUGUCUCCGUCUCUCUGUGACUUCUGUGCUGGCCAAACACGGACACAAAUCUGAGAGAGGGGAAAUGAGACAGUUUAGGAGGCAGGUGAGGGGAGCACUGUGAAAACAGCAUGACUGUACUACUCUGCCAAGCUGUGUUGGCUUUGUUUGUCCAUUUGAAUUGUCCAGACAUUUCUUUGUCAUUUACAGUCUGAGGUAGCCCCGUGGUGGUUUAAGUGUGGUCAGAGGUAGAACAGUGAAUUGCAGACUGGAACAUGUCUGGCAUAUUCUGUGUUCUGUCAGCCAGACUUAACUACUCAAAUGAAACUGUCAGAGGCUGUUCUCUAAUUCUGUUGUUCCUGUUCACUUUUGACUUUCUCUUCUCAUCUAGUAUUUGUACAUUCAUUUGGCAUGUGGGCACUUGCAUCAAAAUAAAGCAACACAAAAAUGUCAUUGCCUGUCUGUCUGUCUGUGUGUAUGUAUAUAUAUUUUAUUAAAUACAGUUUUAUCUGCA